AUGGCGACCACUUCUCUCCAGUGCUCCCGGCUGAGCUGCCAGCUCUUCUCCCGCUCCACACAACGAGCAUCGCGACCGUCCGAUUCCAUCAAGACCGACUCCUUCGCUCACGGCACGAAGCUCGCGCUGACCGCCGUGCAGAGGAGAGCAUCGAAGUUCGCACCCAAGGCCUCCGUCGCUGUGCAACCAACGGCGAAUGCGGAGACGAUCAGCGCGGACGAUCGGCUCAGGUUGAAGGAGAGCGAGGAUGCGUCCAAGCCUUACUCUGUGAUUGAGGUCGAUGCUGCGGAGAAGAAGGAUUUCAAUGUCGCGACAGUUGUUGCCGUUCAGGACGUCGCUCCUGAUGUGCGAGUGGUGACGGUCAAUGCGGAAAUCUCGAGAGAGUUCAUUCCCAUUGACCAGGCCUACACGAAGCCCGGGCAGACCGUGCUGGUGCGCGUGGCGGAGGGAGAGCCCGUGGUGACGUACGUGUCGAGCCCGCCGUUCCCCAGCGAGAGCAACUGGCGCGUGCUGUACAAGCUGCGCGGCGACAUCCCCGCCGGGGCCACCAAGGCGCCGCAAUACGCGCUGUCUGUGAAGCACCCGCUCGAGCUGCACAUCACGCCCGACCACCCUCUCUACAACAUGCAGCCCGGAGCUGAGUUAGAGGUCGGGGCCUUCCAGGCCAACGGGCUGGACCUGCGGCCAAUCAUGUUCCUCUCGCGGUUCCCCACGCUGCUCAUCUUUGCCGCGGGCAACGGCAUUGCGGCGGCGCGGACGCUCAUAGAGGCCUCGGAUGUGGGCUCACUGUUCCUCAACAUGCGCUCCGAAGUGCGGCUCUUCUACUCCGCUCCCUCGCCCUCAGCCGUGGCUUACAAGGACCACUUUGCCCAAUGGGAGAAGCUGAAUGCGAAGGUGAGGCCGACUGUGGACGCGACAAACGGGGAGGAGUGGGACGGGCUGGUGGGGUCGUUUAUGGAUGCGUUCGACGCGGACGACUUGGAGUACGACCCUGAGCUCACAGCCGCUGUGGUGUUUGGCGACAAGCAGUCCAACCAAGCUGCGCUGCAAGUGCUGAAGGAGGCCGGGGUUCCUGAGAAGAGCAUCUUGGUUUGGGAUGCAUAG